UUAUUAAUAGUUAACGUGAAAUGGUGCAAAGAGAAGUUUGAGAAUGUUGAAUGCAACACAGACGAACCACCCCUGGUCUUCAAGGCACGCCUCUUCUCACUCUCUGGGGUCCAACCUGACAGACAAAAGAUUAUGAUUAAGGGAGCUGUAUUGAAGGAUGAUUCUUGGGACAAUGUGAAGAUAACCAAUAACGCUAACUUGUUGAUGAUUGGAUCUGCAGAGGAGCUUCCAACUGCCCCUGGGCAGACAGUUGUCUUCAUGGAAGAUAUGACUGAUUCACAACUUGCUAAAGUGCUCGAAGUGCCAUCGGGACUAACAAAUCUUGGCAACACAUGUUACAUGAAUGCCACACUACAGUGCUUGAGAUCUGUGGCUGAACUCAAAGAAACCCUUAAGAACUUCCAAUCGGGACCCAGUAUGUUGCUUAACAAUGUUGAUAGUAGCAUUAUGAUUACUUCUGCAAUGAAGGAAUUGUUCAAGGUAAUGGAUCGAACGUCAACGAGCAUUCCACCGAUCCUUAUGCUCAAUGUUCUGCAUACCUGCUACCCGCAGUUCGCUGAGAAGAAUGAUCACGGACAGUUUCAACAACAAGAUGCAAAUGAAUGCUGGGUUGAACUGAUCAGAUGUUUACAGAAGGCCCUGUCUCCAACCACCAACGCUACUACAUCUACUUCUGCUACUGCUGCUGCUGCUGCUUCAGAUAACAAUGGAUUCAUAGAUCAGUUCUUCUCUGGAGAAUUUCAAACCACGAUGAAGUGCACAGAAUCAACAGAAGAAGCAGAAUCAAAGUCAACAGAAAAGUUUUAUCAAUUAAGUUGUUUCAUUGAGAAAGAGGUGAAGUACAUGCACACUGGCCUCAAAUCAGGCUUGGAGGGUGAGAUCACAAAACAUUCGCCCACACUAAACAGAGAUGCUACUUACACUAAAACGAGUAAAUUGAGCAGACUGCCUUCUUAUCUCUCCAUACAAAUGGUCAGGUUCUUUUAUAAGGAGAAGAAUGCCGUCAGUGCUAAGAUCUUAAAGGACAUCAAAUUCCCCCUGGUUCUCGACGUUUUUGACCUCUGCACGUCUGAUCUUCAGAAGAAACUUGUCCCUGUGAGGUUAAAGUUCAAAGAAGAGGAGGAUAAGGCUGUUGAGAGGAAGAAUAAUGUUUUAACUGGUGUUGCUGCUAAUAAUUUGGAGGUCAAGGGUCAAAAGAAACCAUUCUCGUUUGAAGAUGACCCGGGCUCCAACAAUAGCGGCUACUACGAACUCCAAGCUGUCCUCACUCACAAAGGUCGUUCGAGUUCAAGUGGACAUUAUGUGGCGUGGGUUAGAGGGAAAAAAUCAGAUGAAUGGAUGAUGUUUGAUGAUGAUAACGUCGUUGCUGUUACAUCCGAAGAUAUCUUGAAGUUGUCUGGGGGAGGUGACUGGCAUUGUGCCUACGUGCUUCUAUACGGACCAAGGAUUCUCGAAAUAACGGAUGACCUUCAAACAACGACCUCGAAGGGGGGGGAGUCUGCGAAGAAUGACGACCGCAAAAUGGAUAUGUCAUAA